UGCCGUGUAGUAGAUGAACUUUGAUUAGAGAGACGAGCGUAAUGAAUAUUCAUGCACGGCGCCGUUUCUCAUCUCCAGAGUAUUUUGCAUACUUUCCUGUUUCAGGUCCUGGGCUCGGCCGACUGAACUUUAAGCUUCGGAAUGCUGUGUUUAUCUCGCAGAUAUAGCUGCGUAUAGUCUGGCUAUGUUGCUCUAAACCGUUUUACUCUAUGCUUCUCCAUAAAUGCCUUCAUAUUUCCACUGUUUGGUGCGUGGAAAAUGAUCGAUCAGCUCUACCAACCUUAUCCAGUUGCCGUGCUCUGUUUAUAACAGGAUCAUUACAGAGAGAGGGGGAAACAUGCCAGUUAAAGACCCUCUUAUCGAGACGCUGAAAGUGUGUAUUUUGCAGCUCCAGGCUGAAGGAACAGUGACAGACUCCAGCCCUCAUUUGGCCACUUGCUGUGAGUUGCUGGAGCUCAUUCUGCGUAAAGGACUGCAGCAGCCAGUACUGAGCUUGACACACAGAGACUAUUGGUAUUGUUUUGAGCAGCUACUGCAACAUGACACAUGUGGCAGGCUCAGUGCAGUCUCUUUAGCAGUGCAGAAAACCACGGCCUGUCCCAAGCUCUUGACCGCUCAGGGCCGUGGUCGCUUCUUCAUACGGCUAAUGCUGGCCAAGAGAACUUUGGAAAAUGCAGUCAAGCAUGUGUUACACACAGGCAGGGUCAUGGAGUGGUAUAGUCCUGAAACUUCUGUGUUGAGGAAUGAGAAAUUUGUAGAGCCUUUUCUCUCGCUGUGUCUGGUUCUCUCUGAAAUUAAGUUCAAGCUCAACAUAGAGAACUGCAGCUUCCUAGAUGAGAGCUGGCUACUUCCAGUGUGUGAAACCUAUGAGGCCGUGCCAUGUCGCGAGUUGGGGAUGGUUCUCAGGUACCUGGAUGGACGUGUGUUUGUGUUGGAACUGCUUCACGGUGGAAUGGCUCAGGUGGAUAUGUUUGCAGAGCCUGGUGACAUCAUUGAUGAAAUUAAUGGGAUAUCGCUGAGGAAUUCCAGCAAUGGCCAGGCAGGUGUGGUGCUGUCCAGGCUGAAGGGUCAGCCUCUGUCUCUCCGGCUACUGCGUUGGAGAUGCAAGGAUGGGGCCAUGUAUCGUCCAUUGGUGCCAUUGUUACGGCAGCUGAAACAGGAAAACCCCUUGCUCCAGUUCAGCUCAGCUCCACAGCCCAGUCCUGCAGCGCAGCGACAGAGCCAGAGCCAGAGCCAGUGUGUGAAAGAGGGCCGGAUCCUGUAUGCUCUGCAGCUCUUAGGGAAAACAAACAUAGGAAUGUAUGGAGGGAAGGAGGUGUUGCAGCAUGCCAUUCCUGCCGUGCUGCGAAUGAGGCAGAAUAGCAAGGAGGUGCUGUUGGAUGUGAAGGAGACUCACAUGACCUGCACUGAUAAAUCCAAUAAACAGCAGCUCUUCCAGCAUCACUUUCCUGAGAUCUCAUGCGUGGGGAGGUUUGGCCAGCCAGACUUCACCAUCUUUGCUUUCUGCGUAGUGGACACUCCAGACACAGGCCAGCCAAAAGGAUUCUGCUGUGUGGUUCUACAGGCGACGUCCAGCACCGAAUGUGAGGAGCUCGUCCAUCGUAUAGCUGCUGGCUUUAAAAACACAGAGUGGUUUGUUUGAGAACUGUGACACUGUUGGAAAGUUUCCAUGUUUUCUUGCAGGACUAUUACUUUCUGUUUACUAUUUUUAUUAACGCUAGCCUACAUGCAUCUUAAACAUUUCUUGAAAACGUAUUGUACUGUAAGAUGUAACUUUUGUAUGAGAAAUUCUAUGACAAAGUAUUGUAAUCCCAGUUUGUUACUCGUUCAUUACAUUGUUUUAGUAAAAAAGAAUAAUAAAAGGCCUGACUAUUUCUGAUUACAUUGUUUUUACACUGUAAUUAUACCUGGGGCAACGCUGGCUAGUACAGCCUAAAAUUAUACUGAAAUAAAAACAAUAUUGCAUCAAUUAAAUACUGACUCAUACGUAUAAGUAGCUAAAGCAACAAUAGGAAAAACUUAAGUAGUAAUAAAAGCUCAAAGUGAGAAUGGAGAGCUCAUCUGCUGAACCAACAACAGAGUGAAAUUAAACCAGGGAAGGAAAUUAAGAACAAAAUGGGAAGGACAGAAAAAGAAACCAGGGAAAAAACGAUUCCUUAUGACAAAUAUACUUACAGUAGAAGUUGGAGGGCACUCAGAAAACUACAAAUCCAGUGUAUUUAAGUUCACAUUUCUGAGUAAAUGGCUCACUUAUCUCAGUUACUACUGUCUUCUGCCUCCAGGUGACAGAAUUAGAUUAAGGAAAUCUGGGGUUCAGGGUAAUGAUGCUCUCUCUGAAGUGCUUGUGGAAGGCAUAUGAUUAUCUCAUAAGUGAUUAAAAACAUUUUUUACAGUGGAGGCGUGUAUUUAAUUUGAGAAAUGUAAUAUAGACUCAGAGCAAAAGUGUAAAAGUUACUUUAAAAACGAAUGGUUGUGGACAUUUCAAACUUUCUGCUCUCUCUCUCUCUAAAAACUUUCUUUCUCUUUUCCUUCUUUUGGUUUAAAUGGAAUGGAGGCCCAAUUGCCUGUUUUUAUUUUUCUCCCUUCUCAGCUUCUGACAGCAGUAUGUCAACAUUUUGUCUUUUUAUCUCAAAAAAUUCCUGUUGAGAAAAAACAAAAGACAGAGAGGAUUGAAUGUUUUGUGGGUUCUGGUGGUUUUGUAAAAUUGUUUAAAGAUUAGUAAUAGUACUUAGUGUUUUCCUUAUGGGUUGAUGUCACCAGUGAAAGGAUCUGAAUGGUUUAACAGCCCUGCUGGGGGAAAAAAAAAAUAAAAACAGCUCAGAGCAGCAAAGAUUUCAUGCUGGUUUCUGUUGGUCUGGUGCUGGUGUAGCUGGUCACCCAGCUUCCGAAACACAGCAUAAUGCAGCUUCCAUUGCUGCAGACCAGCAUACCAGCGUCCAAAAUAACUGACAGAUUAUAGACACAUUUUAUAGUUUUCUGAUGUGGUGUUUAUAAAGGAAACUAGUGGUCUCCAACCUUUAAGCCAAUAUCCAUUAGAAAGCAAAACCGUCACCUUUUAUUUUUUAUGGUUCUAAAGGUCUUUUCCAGCGGGCUACAUUUUCCUUGCAGUCACAAUUUCUAUUCAGAAUGUUGUGUAGUACAGGACUGUUUUAUUAUUGUUUCAUAAAUUUUGAAAAAUUAACAGAAUUCCCAUUUAAUCCCUUGCCAGGGAACCGAAAUAAUGCUCAAAUAAUUGCCUUUUUUUCAAACAUUGACAUUAUUUUGAAAGAAUAAAAUAUUUUCACUAACUCAAGAAAUUUUGAUAUUAUUAUUAUUAUUAUUAUUGUUGUGUUGUUUUCAUGCUUUAUGGAACAAUGUAUAAUGUACCUACAAAAUAAUUUACAGUUUAACAACAGCUGAGGGCACAAGAGCAUUUUCAAGGUCCUCUUUAAAAACAAAACAAAAACAGAGGUUUAUUUCGAUCAUUUACAUUUGUGUACAGAAUUGGUCAAAUAUAACUGUAAAUUCACAAUAAAGACCUUAUCUUGAA